AUGGCAAUAAAUCUCAAGGCAAUCACUGCUACUAUUACUUCUCAGCCAACUGCUGACGAGAAGCUCAAGCCAUCCAGUGCUGAUUGGAACACUAAGUUGCUCGAAUCGUUUAGUCCAGUUGCAGAUGGUAUUCUUUACUGCUGUUGUUGUUGUAUCUGUGAAGGUCUUUUACAUGCACGUGCAGGUGAACAUUUUUGUUCAUGCGCGCUUCCGGGGUCAUCGCAAUCAUUGCGAACUAAGAUUCGAAUGGCGUAUGGCAUUAAAGGUUCAUUGUUUGAGGAUUGUUGGACAUCAUGUAUUUUUUGUCCUUGUAAUUUACUUCAAAUGAAAAAAGAACUUGAUCACCGGAAUGUGUCAGAUUAUUGUGCCAGCACUUAA